AUGGCCCACAAUGCGGGAGCAUCGCCCACCCCCGGCGGCCCGCUCCACCACGAGCACAAGCGCAAGCCCAUCGUCGCCGACGAGCCCGCCGCACCGAGCCCGCCGCCUCGCUCGCCCGCCCGCCGCCCGUCCAGCGCCCACAAGCGGAGCGUGUCGGCCAGCAUCCUGUCGAAGCUGCCAUUCCUGCGCAACCCGGGCGGCGAUCUGCCGGCUGCCGCGCAUGUCGCCCUCGCCGGCAAGGAGGACCCGCGCGCCCGUGACGACGGUCCGCUGAGCCUGGGAGCGAAGCGCAGCGGCGCGUCCAUGGCCCUCGCCCACGCCGUGCGACAGAGCGCCGCCAACACCACCACCGCCGGCCGGAGACGGCGCGGCUCCCUGCGCAAGACUGCCAUUCUCGGCACGCGCCAGCGCUCGAGCGAGUCCGCCCUCCACAAGAUGGACCCCAUCGCCACCAGCCCGACCUCGCCCGAGCAACGUCCAGCGACCCUCGCCCCGCGCCCCUUCACCUACGCCAACCCCUCGGCCGCCUCGUCGUCCGAGAGCGGCUGGAGCGGCAUGCCGCCCGCCAAGCCCACUUCCCUGCACGAGACGACGACGACGCCGCGCUCCGCCGUGCUGGCCUCGCCCAUCUCCAGCCCCGUCUCCAGCCCCGUCGCGAACCCCUACGCCAGCACCACCGACGACGACAACGACUCGCUCACCUUCCGCCGCCCCUCGUCCCCCGGCGGCCCCGGCAGCGGCGCCAAUGGCCACAAUGGCCACCUGUCGCCGAGCUACUUCCCCAUGCAGGCGCUGAGCAGCAGCAGCCUCCUCCAGCAGCGCCGCCGCACCGCCGUCAAGACCAAUUCCUCGACCACGCGCCAUUCGUCGCCGCUGUCGCUGCCGCCCGCCACCACCACCUUCGACCUCGUCGACGAAUGGGACUACAGCGAGACCGAGUGGUGGGGCUGGGUCGUGUUGAUUGUCACCUGGAUCGUCUUCGUCAUCGGCAUGGGCAGCUGCCUCGAGGUGUGGAGCUGGGCCUGGGACGUCGGCGAGACGCCGUAUGCCCCGCCGGAGCUGGAAGACGACCCUACACUGCCAAUCGUUGGCUAUUACCCUGCCUUGAUGGUGCUUACGGCGGUCAUGGCGUGGGUUUGGGUCGUGGUUGCUUGGGUGGGCAUGAAGUACUUUAGACACGCCAAAGUUGUCGGGGACGAUGGAUGA